AUGAGCACGAAUGCCGAGAACUCUAUGAGGGGCCCGGAUUAUGUAGAAUUAAAACCGUACCCCAAGAACAAGAAAAGAUAUAUCGAAGAAAAUUUAGCGAAAGAAAUAUUACAAUUACUAAG